GAUAGUGACGUUGGUUACGUUCACUCAUUAUCGCCCAUUAAAAAAGCAAGGUCUGGAAAAUUGUACUACAAUUUUGACCUUCAAACAUCACCAACAAAAUUCACAAGAGUGGUUGGAUUUGACAAGAAUUCACAUGCUCAAGCACUGCAUUUCCAAGUUACAAAAAGUCCAGCUAAAAUUGUCAAUAUUAAUGAAAAAGAAGAUACCAUCUUUGUCAACCAAACAAGCUCAAUUGUCCAAGCUAGCAGCAGUGAUGUCAACUUUCUGUGCACAGCUCCAUGGACAAAGCAAGGGGAAGCCAAGGAAACAAUCUCCAGUGGGACAGAUAUAACACUGAAUGAAAUCCAAACUCUGACAAGAAAUCAAAAGGUCAAUGUACAAGGCCACCUAACACUUGGUCAAAAUCCAAGCAAAGAAGUCAUUAAACGCAAUGGCGAAAAGGGAUACGUAAAAGAAGACUGUGUGAUUGAAGAUCGCACUGGUUCUGCCACUAUACACAUCUGGGAUAACUUGCUAACCCAACUAGAGAGUGGAAACACUUACAGCUUCCAAAAUCUUAGCGUGAAGAAUUAUUCAGGAAUGACAUUACUGGGUACCACACCAACAACAACAUUCCAAAAAACAGACCUCCAACUAACUGAAGUGAAAGGCCCACAGCUUCUUUCAAAUACUGAGAAGGAAAUUGUUAUCCAAGAAUUUAAAUUUGUUGACAAAGUAAAUGUCUUCAUGACAUGCCAGAUAAAGUCUUGCAAGAAAAAGAUGCCGCAUGCAGUGGGUUCAACUGUUCUCAAAUGCACUAAAUGUGGAACAAGUCAAAAAGUUAAAGCUGCACAAAACGGAAUGUCUGCACGCCUUUGUGCCGAAAUAGACGGAAAAGAUUGCUGGCUUACUGCUCUCACAGAUGUCAUGGAAGGCUUAUUGUCCAAAAUAAGCCUUACCAGAGAUUCCAACACGGAUCAAAUAGCAGAAAGAUUACUUCAAAUUGAAAAUAUUAAAAUCAAAAUUAAUACACGGUCCAAUCACAUAAUCGAACUUCUAUAG